AUGGAGUUGACUGGCAGUACCUACAAAGGUGACAUUAGAUAUGGGAGAAUGGAAGGCAUGGGAACGUACGAGUUUCCAACCGGAACCAAAUACACCGGUCAGUUUUUGGAUGGCAUGUUCAAUGGACAGGGCACUCUAUGCUUUCCGAACGGUGGAAAGUAUGUUGCCACGUGGAACAAUGGGAAAGCCAUUGAAGGCAGGUACAUAUUUCCUGACGAGUUGGAAUACAAAGAAGAAAACUGGGAGUACUGUGACGGAUAUGACAGAAGAUUUUUCAAUGAAAUCAAGGAAGGCCUCAAAUCUUCAGGCCACACUAGGUUGACAAACAUUGAACCCACAAGGGAAAUCCCAAAGGGGUGCUAUGACUGUGGAGAUGGAUUCUACAGACCAGAUGAAAGAAUAAUUGUGGAUUAUAACAUGAAUUUCCUGAGAUGCGCUGAUGACGAUGAACAUGAAUGGAUAAUAACUUGCUGUAGGAAGGAGAAAGAUGAAUACAUUGAGUGGCUGGAGAGUGAUAACAAGAAAUGA